AUGUGACGUCACCAGGUUGCGCCAGCAAGAUCGCUACGCAGUUGCUAGCUUGAUAGGAUUUGUUUGUUUUCAUGGCAGAGUUGUAAUAGACAAGUUUAAUGAACCACUUGUAGGUCGGCAGGACAGAAUCCAGAACUAGGAAUGAACGCCGUGUGAUUUGGAUCAGGCUGCAGUUCGACUCCAUAUCGCUGUUUACUCGUUAUACAGUUUAGAGAUCUUUGAGCAGCGAGUGGCGCUAACAGCAUGCUAACAGAUAGCAUCAUUAGCUCAACCUAGCUAUACUCUUUCAGGCUCAUAAUUUCGUGUGUUUGAUUUUAUUUAUCUGAUGGAGCAUCCAGGAGCAGGAUGGGGUGCGCUGCCGAGCGGAGGGAACGUCCCGGCCUUCCUCAACAAACUAUGGAUCCUAGUGGAGGACCCGGACACCGACCCGCUCAUCUGUUGGAGCCCGAGUGGAACCAGCUUCCAUGUGUUUGAUCAGGGUCGGUUCUCUAAGGAGGUCCUACCAAAGUUCUUCAAACACAACAACAUGGCCAGCUUCAUCAGACAGCUCAACAUGUAUGGAUUCCGUAAGGUGGUACACAUUGAGCAGGGCGGUUUGGUGAAACCUGAGAGAGACGACACAGAAUUCCAACAUCCGUUCUUCAUCAGAGGACAGGAACACCUGCUGGAGAACAUCAAACGAAAAGUCACUACUGUGCCUGGAGUGCGUCAGGAGGAAGUGAAGAUUUCUGCAGAUGAAGUGAACAAGAUCCUGAACGAUGUCCAGUUGAUGAAGGGAAAACAGGAGACAAUUGACUCCAGGAUCAUUGCCAUGAAACAUGAGAACGAGGCACUGUGGAGGGAGAUGGCACUCCUGAGGCAGAAACACGCUCAGCAGCAGAAAGUCGUCAACAAGUUGAUCCAUUUCCUGGUGUCUCUCAUCCAAACCAACAGGAUCAUGGGAGUCAAGAGGAAGAUUCCUCUGAUGCUCAAUGACUCCAGCUCCGCCCACUCCGUGCCUAAAUACAGUCGGCAAUUCUCUUUAGAGCACAUGCAGGCUGCAGCCAGUCUGUUCUCCGCUGACCCUCCAGUGACAUCUGGACCAAUCAUCUCGGACAUCACAGAGGUGGCUACACCCACUGCUGAGGAUGAGGCUGGUGACUGGGUGGACGCAGGAGACAGCCAGUCAGUCAGCAUCAAAGAGGAGCCUUCCAGUCCUGAAGUGGAGGUGUGUCCCGUUCUAGAGAGUGGAGCUACAUCUGUAGACACGCCCUUCUCCCCCACCACCUUCAUCAACUCCAUCCUACAGGAUGAGACGCAGCCAGCUCCCGACACCUCCACCACCAACCCUAUACCAGCCAGUCCCAUUGUUGUGAUGAGCCCUGCCUCUACUGAGUCCCUCUCUGAAGCCCCAACCAGCCAAUCACUUGCCUCUGUUCCCACUGCCCCCAGCCCUGCCACACAUCAGCAGAAAUGUCAGACCAUUGCCUGUAUCGACAGACCCCGCCCCCCUCCCUCUGCAGGUGGACUCUCACCUGAUGUUUGGCGCUUCAUAUCAACACAAGCUGACAAGUCUGAACUGUCCGACCACGUCGACAGUAUUGACAGCGGUCUUGAAACCCUUCAGAGCAUCCUCAACACACAAACAUUCACCUUCGAUACGUCCCCGCUCUUUGAGUUUUUCAGUUCCUCUGGUUCCUGUGGAGACUUUGACCUCGAAAGUUUGGACACUCUGCUGUCUGAAGAAGCUCCUAAAGGAAAUGAUGAAAGCACCAACACUGGGAACACGGGGAAGCAGCUGGUGCAGUACACAGCCACACCUGUCCUAAUGUCUGAACCAAUCAGCUUGGGAGAGAGCGGGGCUGACCUGCCGUCCCUGCUGGAGCUGGAAACGGAGCCUUUUUUCGACUCGGACCAGCCCGCUGAUGACCCGGCCGCCGCCCUGCUGAGCCACACCAACCCGGACUCUGACCUUUGACAUCAUCAGGAAUGUGAUGACUCAUCAAUAACCAUAGCGACACGACAGUUUGAGCGAAGACUCGGCUGCAACAGUAGAUGAUAAAAUCAAUCUGUAGAUCAGUCACUAGGUCAAAGGUCAUGGUUUAAUAAGCAGAUAUUAUUUAUUGACAUUACUACUUUAUAUACCUGUGUUUUCUUCUACUAUUUUAUUUUAGCUUUUGGUUCUUCUGUGCUGCUUCAAUGACAGCGUUUGUUUGAUGCACACUGUAAAAGAAAAGCUGGACCAGGGUCAUGUCUGUAGCUGCCGUUCCAGUCAGAAACAGCUCUGAUGUCAGUGUAGAUGACAGAGGUGGACAGGUGAGGCAAGAUCAUGUGCCCAGGUGUUCUUUCUGUUUUGCAUGUUGAAGUUUAUGGUUGUCAUCAUUUUCACGAGUAAAAUGUAAAUAUAAUGAAGAGAUUCAGAAUAUUUUUGGAAAAGCUUAUUAUAAAUGAGUGUUUAACUUCUUCCCCCAAAACAUCUGUUACUGUUGGCACAGCAUGGCACCAGGCAGCAUCAGCUGGAUCAAUAUGAGCUCUGAUAA